CCGAACCCCUGAUCCGCUCCCGUCCCACUUCCUGCUCUGAGGAACACAGACGUGGAGUUUCACCUGCACGAUCUGCGGAGGAAACCGAAAACAUCAUGAGGAGCGUGGAGAUGUGGAUAGCGUGUGUGUGUGUGGUGUGUGUGGGGUUGAAGUGUGUACUCGCGGAGGAAGGGAAUGGGAGAAAGGAGCAGGAGUGUUACAACUACGCAGGAGGACACGUGUAUCCCGGAGAGGCGACCAGAGUCCCCGUGUCUGAUCACUCACUCCACCUGAGCAAGGCCAAGAUAUCGAAGCCAGCCCCGAGUUGGGAGGGAACUGCUGUCAUCAACGGGGAAUUUAAAGAUCUGAAACUCUCUGACUACAAGGGGAGAUACCUCAUCUUCUUCUUCUACCCUCUCGACUUCACGUUCGUCUGUCCCACUGAGAUCAUUGCUUUUAGUGACCGAGUUCACGAGUUUCACGCCAUUAAUGCAGACGUCGUAGCGUGUUCAGUCGACUCCCAGUUCACACACCUGGCCUGGAUUAACACACCUAGGAAACAGGGAGGACUCGGACCGUUGAAGAUCCCUCUGCUGUCUGAUCUCACACAUCAGAUCGCCAAGGACUAUGGAGUCUAUCUGGAGGACCAGGGACACACACUCAGAGGUUUGUUCAUUAUCGAUGGUAAAGGAACACUGCGUCAGAUCACCAUGAAUGACCUGCCUGUAGGACGUUCAGUGGAUGAAACACUGCGCCUGGUGCAGGCCUUCCAAUACACUGAUAAACAUGGAGAAGUUUGUCCAGCUGGCUGGAAACCUGGCAGUGACACGAUUAUUCCGGAUCCCUCGGGGAAGCUGAAAUACUUUGAUAAACUUAAUUAAGUAAAAUCACAGAAUUAAAAAGAUUAAGAUGUUUUUUUUUUUUUUUUUAAACGACAUCUUUAUAAUAAAUUGAGAGAAAUGUGUGAAAGUCAAAUCCUGUUGGUACACACACACACACAAACACACACACACACACACACACACAAACACACAAAAACACUUCAGUAACAUCGUCAAUGUGUGAUAAAUGAUGAUUAAAGUUUUUGUAAUCA